AGAAUAAAGGGUAUUUUUAGAGACAUGCAGUUCUUUGGUCGACUUAUGAACACCUUUGGCAAUGUCACUCACUUGUUUUCAAACCCUUAUCGAGUGAAGGAAGUACCCUUGGCGGAGUAUGCAAAUCGAACCCGUCUGAAAUGGGAAGACAGGAUAAUUCUGUAUGACAAGAGUUCAGCUCACUCCUGGGACUGCCUUUUCAUUAACCCACAGAAUCAAGUGGCUGCCUUCCGGCUUUUCCAGGUAGAUAACGAGGUGGAUGCGAUCCAACAUUUUGACCUGUAUGUGAAACAGUUACGCCCAUUCUAUGAGAGCUAUCGAGAACCUUUGCCACUGGAGACCUUGCAGCAACUGACAGAUUGUUUUCGCAGCCACCCCACCUGGUCACUGGCUCAUAUAGCAGUCGAAGUCGGACUCUUGGAGAGCUUCCGGCACAAUCGUAUCUUGAGCUGCAUAAACAGCAAUGAUGGUGAGGACGGCUGCACUCCCUUGCACUUAGCCUGUCGGAAAGGAGACAUCAACUGUCUGCGGGAGCUGGUGGAGGAAUGCCACGCCCGAGUGGACCUCACAGACGGAAAUGGUGAUACUGUCUUCCACUAUGCUGUCCGAGGGAAUAACCCCAAGAUUGUAGAGCUGCUGGGCAGACAGUCAACUGCUGCUUUGGACCAUCUGAACAACCAAGGUCAAACCCCUUUGCACUUAGCCUGUCAGUUGGGCAAAGAUGAAGCUGUCAUUUCACUUUUGAAGGUCGAAGCCAAGAGCAGUACCUUGGGAACGAUGGGCUUCCCCAUCCACACUGCCAUGAAGUACUCCCAGAAGAGAUGCGCCAAGGCCCUCCUUGAUGUGGACGUCAGCCAGGUUCAAUACAAGGACCACCAGCAUGGAGCAACACCCCUCCACUGGGCCAAGAAUGCUGAGAUGGCCCAGCUACUUAUAGAGUAUGGCUGUGAAGUGAAUACUCUCAGCGUGACGGGGGAAUCGGCCCUGCACAUUGCUGUGCAGCGGGGGCGCUUUGACUGUGCAAUGGUGCUGCUGACGCACGGAGCUGGGACCAACAUGAAAGGGAAGGAUGGCAACACUCCCCUGCACCUGGCGAUGAAGCAAGACCACCUGUAUAUGAUCAAGGCCCUGAUAGUGUUUGGAGCAGACGUGGAGAUCCCUAAUGAUUUUGGGGAGACCCCGGGGUUGCUGGCAGCCAGGACAAGCAAAGGUGCCAACCGGAAGGUGCUCUUAGACCUGCUGAAAACUAUAGGGACUGAACGCUGCCACCCUCCUGGCACCUCCGCCCUCCAUUUGGCAGCCACAUCAUCUUCAUCAGUAGCAUCUACUUCCACUGCCCCGGAAAGACCACCACCCCCAGGGACCACAAACUCAGACCUAGGAUUUAAGGAUGUCAUACAUAUUUCCGCAGCGCUUAAUACCUUGCUAAAAGCACAAGACAUGACCGACUCUGCCACUGAGGAGAAGAGAACCCAGGACCGUCUCUUGAGCCUGGACGGCGGGGGUGUCCGGGGCCUGGUGCUCAUCCAGUUUCUCAUUGCAAUAGAGAAAGUUGCAGGGCAACCCAUUCGAGAGCUCUUUGACUGGAUAGCUGGGACUAGCACAGGGGGAAUUCUGGCACUGUCUAUUGUGCAAGGGAAGCCUAUGGACUACAUGCGCUGCUUGUAUUUCCGCAUGAAAGAUGAGGUGUUUCGAGGGUCCCGUCCCUAUGAGUCAGAGCCUCUUGAAGAAUUCCUGAAGAAGGAGUUUGGAGAAUACACCAAAAUGACAGAUUUCAAGAAACCCAGGGUCAUGUUGACAGCCACUCUAUGUGACCGGCAACCUGCCGAGCUCCACCUCUUUCGGAAUUAUAAUCCACCAGUGGCUAAAGGCACGUCCCGUUACAAGACGGCAGCCUUGUUCCCGGAACUGACCAAACCAGAAGAUCAGCUGGUGUGGCAGGCGGCCCGCUCCAGUGGAGCAGCUCCGACAUACUUUCGACCUAUUGGGCGGUUUCUGGACGGAGGGCUGCUGGCCAACAACCCUACUUUGGCUGCCAUGACGGAGAUCAAUGACUACAACAAGACUUUAAUCCUGAAGGGUAAAAGAAACGAGGUGAAGAAGUUGGGCGUGGUAGUCUCUCUUGGAACAGGAAGGGCUCCACAGGUUCCCGUGAGCUCAGUGGAUGUCUUCCGCCCCUCCAACCCUUGGGAACUGGCAAGGAGUGUCUAUGGGGCCAAGGAACUGGGCAAGCUGGUGGUGGACUGUUGCACUGAUUCAGAUGGCCCAGUGGUGGAUCAUUCAAAAGCCUGGAGCGAGAUGAUAGAGGCCCGUUAUUUCAGGUUCAACCCCCAGUUAGAAACCGACGUAAUGCUGGAUGAGGUGAGUGACACUAUCCUGGUGAACCUGCUGUGGGAGACUCAGCUCUACAUUUACCAACACUGGGAUGAAAUCAAGCAGUUAGUAGGACAGUUCCUAAUUCCCUGACGUUUUGCAAGACUUGGUGGUGCCAGCGCUGCGUCUCGACAGAGGGGAUUUAGAUGACCAACCAGAAGCAGUAGACUUUGCUGGCCUGUGGCUUACCCUUCCUCCUUACCACCAGAAGAAAUGGACUCGAAGAAUUUGGGGAUUCCACUAACUGACAUGUUUGGUAGCUCCUGUAAUCCAUGCGUGGCAGCAGUGGCUGCUCUCUUCCUGUAUGCCAGACUCCCGUAUAACUGAAGUCUAGCAUACAACUGAAAGGCGUUUCUUGUAUUUCACUUUGCUUGUGUGAUAACAGAGAUAGCUGAUCAGAGACAGAUCACCUGCCCCUACCUUCCUCAGACAGGGCAUUAUCUGACACUUUGGAUUUUAUGUAUUGCGCCUUUUUGUCAAAAAAUUAUAUGAGAUAGGUUAAGAGAGUUUUAGUUGCUCAUUUCUCUAUGGGUGUCCACUGGAUUCUCAAUUUCUGCUGUGAAGGAAGGUAGAAUUGUUAUCCCACAGAAUCUGUAAGAGGAGAGAGCUACCUGCCUGCAAUAUGUUUUCAGCUAAACGUUACAUUCCUCCUGCUUGGUAUUGGGAAAGAUGGGUUCCUUUGGUCACUAGUAGUCCGAAGCUCUCCUCUCAUCGUUCCCUGUUAUUUCAGAUUCCCCUUCUUAGUCUUUGGCUCCUCCUACCUCCUGAAAGGGGCUACUAGUAUAAUUUGAAAAAAAUUGAGGAAAGCAGGAUAGAGUAUAUUACAUGGAUUUCUUGGUAGGUAGAACAUCCUCUGGUGGUAUUUGGUCACUGGCAGAGGUGGGAAAAUCUUUCCCCGCUCCCACCUUCACUGGAGUCUCCUGAUAAGGGUGAACAGUGUAGAUUUGGUUACAGUACAAAAAUUCAACCACAUCAGUGAGGGGACCUCCUGCUGGCAGACUACAAGUGGUCAAAUAUUAAUUUCAGUGUCUUUCCCCCUCUGCAUUGUAGUACAUUCAUUUCUUUUUAGGUUGGUUCCUCCUCCCCUUUCCCUUUUUUCUUCUCUCAGUGACAGGAAUUGAAGUGCUGCUGUUAUUUUUUUUGUGCAUUCUGACUAAUUUAAUGUAAUUUAUUGAAACUCUUGGGAAAAUAUCCUGAUGAAUGUGAAAUCAAACAGACGGCUUUUUUCUGUAUUAUUUUUGUAAACAUCACCUUGUUUACUGCAAUUGAAAAUAACUGUCCAGGUGUGGUGACCAAGGAUAU